AUGGCAUGUAAGACAGAAGUGUUCAAGAAGGGAAUAGGAGACUCUAAGAGAGAGUCCUCUGGGUCAGGAGGAGAAAGGGCCCAAGAUCAGAGGUCUGGAAAGGGAUGGGAGGACUCAGAGUCAAGAUGUGAAGGAAGUGAGCUGGAACAAGAAGCGGGGGUGCAGGGCCCCAUCUCUUACACCAGCAGUAACAGGCGAUUGCCCACAGACUAUCGACGGGCCUCUUUGUUGCCCUUUCAUUGGAGAAUUACACAUAGCUCCCGCUGGAUAGCACAGAUAUUGGCCUCUGAGCUCAGCCUGGUUGCCUUGGUGCUUCUGCUGGUCAUGGUCUUCUCCAAAAAAUGGUUGUACCCUUCUGGGAGCCGCUACUACCAGCGAUGGCCCAGGAAUGUCAGCAAUAGAAUCUAUACAUCAGCCCAUAUUAUGUCCAUGGGGCUCCUGCAUUUCUGCAAAUCCAGGAGCUGUUCCAACUUAGAUAAUGAGAUGGUCGCCUUCAUUUUCUUCACCCUCUUGUUGUUCCCCAUUAACCUCUGGAUCUUCGAGUUGGAGGGGAACAUAUCAAUCCCCAUUGGCUGGAGCUAUUUCAUUGGUUGGCUGGUGUUUGCCCUAUAUGUCACCUGUGCGAUCCUUUGCCACUUCAACCACAAAAGUUUCUGGAGUAUGAUUCUGAGCCAUCCCUCUGAGGAUGCCACAUCCAGCGGUAGUAAUUCCAACUUAAUCCAAGAAUGUCCAAGCAAGCAGCCUUUCACAGACUCCUCUCUCAAUCAGGAGGAAUCCCUGGGUACCGAGCACAAGAGUACACCUCCGUAA